GGCCGGGCGGCGGAGGGGGAAGGAGGCGCUUCGGCCGGCCGGCCUGCCUGCCUGCCUGCCUGCCAGACGGGAGUUGAGAGCGUUGUUCAUACGCGGUGGUGUUUUUCCAGGAGGGGGAGAAUGAAGCAAUUUAUUUCAGGAAUCUGAGGAGAGCUUGGCUGUCUGGGAAUUCAUUCAAACAAACCAACGUAGAUCGCUAAUACUACAUGAAUAUUCUCCAGUAACUGCUUGUUCACUCUUCUACCUUUCUCAUGUAUUUGAUUGCAGCUUCCCUGAUCUGAGAUUUACAUCCUAGAAAUCUGCAUGCCUCUGUGCUGCUUGAAGCUGGCUACACGACCGUUUUUGCAAGCACCAUCCUUGAUUGUUCAAUCUUUGCGCUUCUUCAUGGAUCUGAAAGUCCUCGUUUCUUCCUUAAAUGAUUUUGCUUCACUUUCCCUGGCUGAAAGUUGGGACAAUGUGGGGCUCUUGGUUGAGCCAAGUCCUCCUCAUAUUGUCAGUACCCUCUUUCUCACCAACGAUUUGACCGAGGAUGUGAUGCAGGAAGCCCUGGAGAAGAAAGCAAACCUCAUUCUUUCUUACCACCCACCCAUUUUCCACCCACUGAAACGUAUAACAUGGAAAACAUGGAAGGAGCGUCUGGUAAUCCGAGCCUUGGAAAACAGAGUUGGCAUUUAUUCUCCUCAUACAGCAUAUGAUGCUAUACCGCAUGGAGUCAAUAGCUGGCUUGCUACAGGACUGGGUGCUUGUACUUCUGUUCCUCUGAAACCGGCUACAGCUUCCACUUACCCUGCAGGUGGGCCUUUCCGGGUAGAAUUCAGUGCUGCUUCUGGUGAAAGCAUAGAAACAGUUUUAUCCCAGGUCCAUGCAAUGCCAGAGGUGUCACUCAUCACAACUCAACCUGCCAGGGUUGAAGGUGAAGAACAAACACGUGUCAGCUUGAACUGUUCUCAGCUAGCUUUGUUACAAGUGGUGGCCUUGCUUUCCCAGAAUAGCCUCCUAUAUCAAAAGACUGAAAUCAUACCACUACACAAGCCUCUGCUUGCCGAUACUGGAAUGGGACGCUUAUGCACGUUGCAUGAACCGGCCUCAGUUUCUCUCUUGAUUGAACGAUUGAAAAGUCACUUAAAAUUGUCUCAUAUUCGUCUAGCUCUUGGAGCAGGGAAAUCACUCGAGUCCCUGGUGAAAGUGGUUGCUCUUUGUGCUGGUUCAGGAGCAAGUGUUUUGCAAGACACAGAAAGUGAUCUCUAUCUUACAGGAGAGAUGUCCCAUCAUGAUGUGCUAAAUGCUGUUUCCAGAGGGAUCUCUGUGAUCUUGUGUGAACACAGUAACACUGAACGAGGCUUUCUGUUAAAGCUGCAACAAAUGCUGGCUGUGCAUUUUAUGAACAAGAUCAAUGUCAUCAUUUCUGAGAGAGACAGAGACCCCCUUCAAGUUGCAUGAAAGAAACAAAUGUUAAGGAAAGAAUCUCUCCUGUUCCUCACAGACUAUUUCUUACCUUGCAUUAGAAGUAAGACUGCAGAGAACAUGUGUGAGGGAGCUCAAUGC